AUGGCGGCGCCUGUUUCUGGCCACUACCCGAGCCGUCUAUUUCACGUCAGGGAUCGGAUUUCGGGCUCAGAUUUUUUGGUCGAUACAGGAGCCGAAAUCAGCAUAGUCCCAUUACACCUUUCUCAACGACGGCACUCGCAAAGUACUAAAUUGUCUCUAGUCGCUGCUAAUAACACAGUCAUUAAAACUUAUGGUGAACAAUCACUCAUCUUAGAUUUUGGUCUCCGUAGACGUUUCACAUGGGUUUUCAUCGUAGCUGA